CAUAUGAUUUAUGUAUUCUAUUCGUCUAGUAUAGACAUAUAUUUUGUAAUAUUUAGUAUUUGUCGUGUUGGAUUUUAAUCUAAAUAUUAAUUAAAUUAAUGUAAUUGUACAACCUAAGUUCAUUUAGUGUUAACAAUCAUAUUUAAGUAACAAACAUGGACCUUCACCGACCGGUGGAUCCUAACAAGACAUACCAGGAGCUGACGUCUGAGGAGAGAUUGAGAUAUGAUCACCAGAAAUUGCAUGAACUCCACAAAGGCCAUGAAUCAAUGCAUACAACUAUGGUCUUAAUAUUAAUAGGAGCACUUGUAAUUUCACAAGUUGUCAUUGUCCAAUGGAAGAAACGACAUUAUAGGUCAUAUGCUUUCUUCACAAUGAUCGCCAUGUGGUCCAUCCCAGUCAUGAUAAGCUUUAAAAACGGUUGGUGGAGAUUUGUAUCAAUUUGGAGUGUAUUCACACUCCUUACAGCUCUAGUCAUUAGAAAAAGUUCAAUUAAGCCAAUGUCUGCUACUACGCCUAGAUUAGUGUACAAAUGGUUUUAUUUAAUAUAUAAAGUUUGCUGUUUUGUUGGUGUGUUUGGUUACAUACUGAUGAUGCUUACAAUGCUCGGCGUCAACUUGAUGUUCGGACAGAAGCCCCAAGUCUGGAUGGACAUAGCUAUAUUGUUUUUGUUUAACGGCUUGUACUUCGGAGUACUAGGGAGGGAUGUUGCUGAAUAUUGCACUGAUCAAAUGGCAGCAUCCAUCGGGUACUACACGAAGGAGGGCAUACCGACUCGGCAGCUGGAGAGCGACGUGUGCGCCGUGUGCGGGGCCGCGCUGCUGGUGCCCCUGCACGAGGAGGGCGUGCUGGAAAACACAUACAAGCUGCCGUGCGGACAUGUCUUCCACGAGUUCUGCAUCCGGGGCUGGUGCAUAGUCGGCAAGAAGCAGACGUGUCCGUAUUGCAAAGAGAAGGUGGACCUCAAGCUGAUGUUCACGAACCCUUGGGACCGUCCGCACAUCAUGUACGGCCAGCUGCUGGACUGGAUCCGCUGGCUGGUGGCGUGGCAGCCGCUCGUCAUGUUCCUCGUGCAGGGAGUCAACUGGUUGUUUGGACUUGAAUGAAAUCGAUGAGAAAUGUUUAAUACUGACCGAUACGAUUUGUCGUUGAAUUAAAAAAAAAAUUCUUUAUACAGGGUGUGCAAAACUAAAACAAAAAUAGAUGGCAAUGCUGGAGAGUUCUGACGUAAUUACACAAAAAAAAAAAA